GGUUUAUAUUUUUUCAUGGAUAUUCUUCUUCGAGUAUUUGUAGAAGGGAUACUAUCAUAUUUUUCUGAUAUACUUAAUUCCAUGGAUGCUGCCAUUAUUGUAGUGACUCUAAUAAUUGAUUUCAAUGAUACUUUUUAUGACUAUGAGAUUUUUAAAGAUAUUCCCAGAUUGGUAAUUCUCCUUCGGUCUCUACGCCUUAUCAUUCUGAUGAGAAUUUUUCAUCUGGCUUACGAAGAAAGACAGCUUGAAAAGUUGACCAGAAGGAUGGUUUCAGGAAACAAACGACGAUACAAGAAAGAUGGAUUUGACUUAGACCUCACUUAUGUUACUGAACGUAUUAUUGCCAUGUCAUUCCCAUCUUCUGGAAAGGAGUCUUUCUAUAGGAAUCCAAUUCAGGAAGUUGUGCGGUUCCUGGAUACCAAGCAUCGAAACCACUAUCAAGUCUACAAUCUUUGCAGUGAAAGAUCUUAUGAUCCUAAGUACUUCCAUUAUAGGGUCCAUCGAAUCAUGAUUGAUGAUCAUAAUGUCCCCUCUCUGAGUGAGAUGGUGGAAUUUUCCAAAGAAGCACAGAAUUGGAUGGCUCAAGAUGACAAAAACAUCAUAGUGAUUCACUGUAAGGGAGGCAAAGGAAGAACUGGAACUAUGGCUUGUGCAUGCCUUAUUGCCUGUGAAAUAUUUACAACUGCAGAGGACAGCCUUUAUUAUUUUGGAGAACGACGAACAGAUAAAACCACCAGCAGUAAAUUUCAGGGAGUAGAAACUCCUUCUCAGAAUAGGUAUGUUGGAUAUUUUGAAGAUGUGAAAAAUAUUUAUGACUUGACUCUCCCUCCAAGAAAAAUACUUAGGAUAAAAAAAUUUGUUAUUUAUUCAAUUCAUGGUGUUGGAAAAGGCAACGGUGAUGAUCUAAAAGUGAAAAUAAUAAUGCGUCAAAAGAUUGCCUUUUUCUGUUCUGCUUCCAAAAACUGUAGGGUAGUUCAUGAUAUUGAAAGGGACAGAGUAACAAUUCAUCUAUGCAACUGUCCACUUCUGUAUGAUGAUGUAAAAGUGCAAUUUCUGUCUUCUUCAGAUCUUCCUAAAUACUAUGACAACUGCCCCUUUUACUUUUGGUUCCACACAUCCUUUAUAGAAAAUAACAGGCUUUAUCUUUCAAGAAAUGAAUUGGAUAAUCCCCAUAAACCAAAAGCAUGGAAAAUUUAUCGUCCAGAGUUUGCAGUUGAAAUUUAUUUUGAUGAUGUUAAGUUGUGCCUGGUAUCUGAUUAAGUGUAGUUCCCCUUCUAGAAUAGAAUCAUAUUCUUCCCAAUCCCUGCUAUGUAUUUAUAUCUUCAAAACCCUCUUCCUUGCUGGUAUACUUAUAUUUACAUAUGUGUACAUAUGUUCUUGAGAAUACUAUUCAACAUAUAUUAAAUAUAUACAAGAGAAAAUGUCAAUGGCAAUUUUUUUUCCUUUUUGAAGGAAUAUACUUCACACAAAGUUUUGAGAUAAAUUUGGAACACAAUACACAGGAACAUUAGU